AUGCUUGCAUCUGACAUAGUAGCAACCGGGACGGCAGCCUUGUUAUCUGCUGACGCUCCUUCAUCAGCCCCCAUCCCCCCAUCAGCUGCUAUCUCUUCCUCCUUUACCCCCUCCUUCCAUUCCACCACUCUGCACCCAUCCGCGUCUCUCUGUGUGCGUGCCCUGGUGGCUGACGGGGCGACAGGUGCCGGCAUGGGAUUGGGGCUGGUGGGAGCUCUGCACAAUGAUUUACCACAGCAGCUGGAGCGGUGCGGCUUCGAUGUUGUCACGGCGGGUACAGUCACCGAGGCUGUGGAACAAUUCAAACAGUCCGUGUGCGAGCUCCCAGCCAAUGGGGUUGUACAACAGGGGAACAGGUUUGAAGAGAAAAGUGAGAGUGCGGGAAGCAAGCAGCAGGUGGAAGCAGGCAGGCAGCGGCUAUUGGAAGGUUUCGGAGACGAGCCAUCAUCACUGAGUGGCCAGUGGGCAGCAUCAGGAGAAGGAGAAGAGCGAGUGGCAUCAAGUGACAAGGGCGUGGCAGCAGAUGCGCGGGAGGCUGGUUCAACGCCAGGGGCGCCUUUCUCUCUCGUGGUCAUGGAGUUGGAGGCCAUGGCGCAUGAUGGCUUCGCAUGCAUCCGCAGCAUUCGGGAUGCGGAGGGGAGAAGGCAAGGAUGGAAGGCCAGGAAUGGGGAAGAAUGUUCUGAGCCUGAUGCUGAUGGUAACCAGUUCCCAAGGCCGGCUGCGGCUGAGCCUGAUGCUGAUAGUUGUUUCAGUGGCGCUGAGGCGAACACAGAACAAUCAACAUCAGCAGCAACAGCAGGAGCAGUCACCAGCCCAGUAGAAGCAGCAGCUUUAGGAGGAGCAACUGGAGUGGUUGCUUCGGAUUCACUACAAGAGGAGCCAGGGAAUGUGUAUGCUGUUCCACGCACAGUAGUUAUAGCGGUGGCAAAUAUGAACAGGUGGGAUUUGGCAGGGCUGGACCAAGCCAUGCAGCAGUGCAUGCAUGCGGGCGUGGAUGCAGUGGUUCCUCGCACAAUGAACCUCCAGCAGUUGAAGUCGGUGCUCAGAAAGCUGGGCGUGAGAGGCAAGUAUGUGUUGGUGCCAAAUUCGCUGCCUCGUGCCAUGUCUGGCGCUGUCCAUAAUCCCCUUAAUUUGUCUAGGUAG